AACUUCUCCAUAAAAGUUUAAUUAAUCAUUAUUUAAUACUUGGUCCAGCUUCCUAUACAUCGUAAAACAUGACUUUUAAACUGAGCUCUAUAUUGUAUAUAAUUCCUAAAACAUACAUGCAAUAAUAAAGACUGUAAAUAAUAAAGAAAUCGGGCUAUAAAUAUAUUUUAUUUUGAAAAAGCAAACACCGGACGUUUUAUUUUGCUAAGAUGUCUGAACAAGUGUUUUCCAGCUCGUGCUCCCACCUGUGGAAACACAUGGUCUCACAUCAGGCAACCUGCAGGAGAAGAAGAAGACUAUCACUCCCAGAGCCCGCUGAGAGACACACACCAAGCAACAUGGAGCAACUUGCUUUCAAAUACAUGGACUUGUGCAAAGUGGAGUCCAGCACGGACACCGACUCAGAAAUAAGUCCCAGAUGGUCGGACACCAGCACAAUGGGAUGUGUGAGCAGCGCCCCGGAGAGUGAGACACUGCGUCGGACACCGAAGCCCCUGAAACCAAGACAUGGCUGCUCUUCUCUGUUUUUGGACCCGUACGACGGCAGCUCUGAGGAUUCUGAUGAGUCACACCUCGAUGUCAGUGUCUCCAGGCGAACACGGCAGCAGGGAGGAGGAGGAGGAGGAGGAGGAGGAGGAGGAGGAGGAGGAGCAGGAGGAGGGCGUCGGUUCUUGGGUCGCAGCAGGAGAUUUAUCCUCCACCACCCUCCUUCUGUUGCCCUCAGAGACGUGAUGAAGGAUGGGACGAGAGAUCCUGCGACAGCACAGCAGCUGCAGCAUCCUGUGGACGUCCAGAUGAAAUGUGGGAGUGACUCCGAGCUGUGGGUCUAUGAGCUCGACACUCUGCCCUCCCACAGCGACAGGGAAGUCUGUGGAGAUCUUGCAGCAAAAAUGACAAACGAUUCCCCAGCAUGCGCCCAAACCAUGGAUAUUGAGUUGCAACUUCAUGAUUCAGGCCUGGUCGCUUCGAGAUCCUCAACGCCCAACACGCCAGGACCCCCCACCCUGGUGGGAAGGGGAUCCUCCUGGAUGCUGGACAGCUCCUCGGAGAGAUCUCCCAGCCCAUGUGACCUCAGAUCCCUUUACAAGAGAAAGCUCAGCCUCCCUGGAGCUGAGGUGGUGGAAUUGGGGCAGAGGAAGAGGCAGUGUGUCGUCCACAUGGGGGAGGAAGAGGCGGGGGACUCUGCAUCCGAACCAUGUUAGACCCAUCUGAUGAUGGACUGACAGAAUGAAGUUCUUCUGUGAUAUUAAAAGCUUUAAAAUGAGGUUUAAUGCCACACUGUACAUAGUUAAUCUAAAAUGCAUUUGGAUUUAUUUUUCUAUCUUGAGUAAUUUUGCAAACUUGCAGGUGACAAGUCUGUUUGACCACGUUUUUCUUUUGUUUGGAGCAAUUUCGAUGGUAACCUGAAUCUAAUGACAGACCCAACAUCCAAGACACACUCUGUCUAUGAAGAAACAUUCAGUAUGAACCCCUCUUGAUUAAAACAAAAUCUACAACUCCCCUGAAUUGUCAGAGAUGCUCCUUAAAAUCCAAUGUUCUCAAAAUAAUACACUUUACUUUCUACAAUUUGACCUAAAUAUAGAAAUAAA